AUGCAUGGGGGGCCUUCUGUGAAAGUAUCCUGCAAGCAAGAUCAAUUUUUCGAACUAGAUAAAGUCAGUGAAAACAAUCACCAUGGUCAAAUCUUGGAGAAUGAGGGUGAAGUUGAUUGUAAUCCAGAAGAAGACUGCAUUGCUAGUGAUACUGAUGAUGGCAAAGAAAAGGCUUUCACAAAGCCAGACAAGGUUCUUCCUUGCCCUCGCUGCAACAGCUUAAAAACAAAGUUUUACUGUUUUAAUAAUUAUAGUGUAUACCAACCGAGGCACUUUUGCAAGAGCUGCCGAAGAUAUUGGACAGCCGGGGGAACAAUAAGAAAUCUUCCUUUAGGGACUAGGCGGCACAGGAAUAAGCAUUCAUCUUCUCAGUAUCAUCAAGUUGUGGGCGAACCGAGUGCAGUACCAGUCACCCAAGGAGACACCCUUAACUUUGUUGGCCAACAGCAUCUAUCGCCUGUUCAACUUCCUGCCUUUCCAAAACCUGUCAAUGGGAUGAGGGAAGUCUUAAAUUCUGGCACAGAUACAGUUUUAGUUGAAUCUAUAGCGACUGCGCUUAAUCAUAAAGACCAGAAGAGAAGUUCUAAAGAUGGCUCUACAGCCGCUGGAGAUAAUAGUUGUGGCAGUUUGGGUCAGGGCGAUCAUGCGUGGAGCAAGGAUGUGCUGGAGGUUAGCGGCAGAUGGGAAGGGGAGGUUGGCGACGGUCCGCUCGUUCCUCUCACCUACUGCGAUGAUGAUGCCAUCCGAAAGAAGCUUGUUCUCGACCCGGACAUGACGAAGGUUCGACAAGCUUUGAGCAUCCCCACCAAGUUUCGUGAAUGGCACUGGCUGCUGAGCGAACAUCGGAAGAAAGUCGGUGGCCUGCCCCCUGCUGAAGAUAUUGAAAGGUGGAAGUCGCGCUGCUUGGAGCUAAGUGACUUGCCAGUUGAGCGGGAGGGGUCAUCGACUGAGUCCCCCGAGUGUGGGUAA